UCGACUUUCCGAAACUCCACGAGCUCACAUACGCGUGAUCUGGCAUGUGUGAGUGGUGCACCCGGUGCCGAUCUGGCAUCUCUGAAAUAAGUGAGAAACCGACAUUCGUGAAGGAAACGGAUAAGAGGAAACAUGACCGAAUACAAAUGUGGAAAAUUGAUUAUUGAAGGGAAGACUAAAAAAGUCUAUGAACUUACUGAUAAUCCUACAUUAUGUCUCUUACAAAGUAAAGAUCGCAUUACUGCUGGAGAUGGUGUAAAAUCUCAUGAGUUAGAAGGCAAAGCUGCAAUUAGUACAGCUACUACAGCUAAAGUGUUUCAAUUAUUAAACGAGGCUGGACUGAAAACUGCCUUUGUUAAAGUAGUAAGCGACACUACUUUCAUUGCCAGAAAAUGUCAAAUGGUUCCAAUUGAAUGGAUUACUAGAAGAUUAGCUACUGGUAGUUUUCUACGUAGACAUUCAGGAGUUCCUGAAGGAUAUAGGUUUAAUCCACCAUUACAGGAAACAUUCUUUAAAGAUGAUAAAAAUCAUGAUCCUCAAUGGUCAGAGGAACAAAUUAUUUCUGCUGGUUUCAAGUUGUAUGGAAUUACAAUAGGAAAAGAUGAAUAUGAUAUUAUGAAAUAUACCACCCUUGUUGUUUUUGAAAUUUUGGAAAGAGCAUGGGCAACCAGAGACUGUGCUCUUAUAGAUGUGAAGAUAGAAUUUGGUUUAGACACAAAUGGUGAAAUUAUGGUAGCAGAUAUAAUUGAUAGUGAUUCUUGGCGACUUUGGCCAUCUGGUGAUAAAAGGCUGAUGAAAGACAAACAAGUAUAUAGAAAUUUAAGUACGGUAACUCAAAAAGACUUGGAUGUUGUAAAACAUAAUUUUAAAUGGGUGGCAGAUCAAUUAGACCAUCUCAUUCUACCACAUAGUAGUCUUGUUGUUAUCUUAAUGGGUUCACCAUCUGAUAUUGAGCAUUGUAAAACAAUAGCAAAAUAUGCUAAGUCUUUAGGUUUAAGUGUACAACUUCGAGUAAGCAGUGCUCACAAAGGUACUCGGGAAACAUUGCGUAUUCUUGCAGAGUAUGAAGGUAGCUGUGAAAAGGUAGUACUAAUAGCUGUUGCAGGGAGAAGUAACGGAUUGGGUCCAGUACUGUCUGGAAAUACGCCUUUGCCUGUUAUUAAUUGUCCACCUUGCAAACCAGAAAACAUUUCACAAGAUUUAUGGUCAUCGAUUAAUGUACCUUCAGGAAUUGGAUGCACUACAGUCAUUUAUCCUGAAAGUGCAGCACUCGCAGCAGCUCAGAUUCAUGCACUGCAUGAUCAUCUCGUUUGGGCACGUCUGCGGGUAAAGCACUUAACCAAUUUUAUCGAUUUAAAGCAAGCCGAUAUGAAAUUAAAAAAUGCUGUUAUGUGAGAAAUGUUCCAUUGAUAAAUAUUUUUAUAUAUAUAAUAAUAACUAUUUUAUAUCCGAAUAUAGUGUUACUAUUAAAUCAGAAGUGAAGGUAUAACAAAUGCUUUUUAAUCUGAUAUUCUUGCAGCGGACGUAA